CAAACUGCUCAACUUGAAUCUUCUCACAUCAGGAGGUCCGUUAUUUUGAUACCGCCCUCUUUUUUCACUUAUGUACAAUCUUAAGUGGUUUUGUCAUACAGUCGAAUUUGUUUGCUAGUACUACCUAGGAUAAUUUGUUGCUUUGGGUGGAUUUGGCUUAGUGUUGCCCCACCAAGAAUCACGAAGGAACAAGAUGGAACCGCUCGAGGCGCUCGGGGAGAUACGGGAGAUAAAGGACCUCGGAACGUAUGUGUGGGAACCGGAGAAUGCUGUUGGGGCCGAAAUCACCUCGGAGAAUUUACGCCGUUGCGUGUACAUGAAUCCCAUAGGCGACGGUGUUGGCGACCGGGUGCGCAACCUGUGGGGGCGGGACUUCGAGGGCCGGGUUCGGCGCCACGACCCUCCGCUCCAGACUUUUCCACAGCUCCCGAACGAUUACAAAAGAACAGAGUUUCCGUUUACGUGCCCACGGGUGAUUCCUUUGUAUGUCGCCGAGAAGCGCGGCGUGGAUUUGGCAACCAUUGACUUUAUGCUUGGCGGGAGCUUUUUCCAUGCAUGUUUGCCUGGCGGAGCACUUACCGGCGCGCUGUCAGGGGGACACAAGCGAGACCUUCACACUUACAUUGUGGAAAAUUGCAAGCAGGUCCUGGUCAUCAACAAGAAAGAACGCGAAACAGAGUCGCCACAGCUGGAAAACCGGAUCUUCCCACAGUAUCAAUUCAAGCGUUGGGUCUGCGGUCAUGAAAUGGACUCCGAACACCCGAACUUCAUCAUGGAACACCUGCGACUGGCGAAGAUCGGAAAGUUCCGAGUGCUUUUGUGUGCAAGUGUCGAUGCGUUGCACUCAUGUACCGCUCCCGGCAAAAACGGCGAGGUUAAAGUUUGCCAGGACGUGCGCUGCCGAAAGGAUCCCGAGUGUGGCCGUCCCGUGAAGAUCCGCAUGAGGCAUCUCGAACGAAACACAGUCGCUGAGCUGCUUUUUCAAAUGUUUUCCACUGGAGCGGCAUACAUGAUUCACGCGCAGACGGCCUACAAUAAGGGUAAGGGCAAGGGCAAAGGACGGACUGCGCCAGUGAUCGCCGCCUCUUCAAGAUUGCGCCCGCGGACGAUGUUUCAACGGUUUCAAUUUGACGAUGGAAAGCCUACCCGGUUCGGCCAGAAAAUAACAGGAAACGAGCAAGAACGGGAUGCCAUCCAGGCCGCUCAGCUGUCUUUGGAAGUGCAGCUACGCCACGCCAUGCGGUACGCCAAUUCGGUUCUCAGUCAGCUUAAAAUGGCAAACUUGGAGGAGAACAUGACGUACCAGAUAUGUUGCAGCAGCAUCGACCGUGCUACAUUCGCAGAGGACGUUGGCAACAUCGAUGACAGUCCCGCACGGGACGACCUCAUCGAGCCGACAGUUCGACUCCGCCCUAUCCAGAUUUCGCCCCCCUUGCUGCCACCCGCGGCGGUCGUGGAUGAUUUGUUCACCUUGGAAGAGACGUUCGAGCGACUCUGGCCGAGAAUUCGCUCGUUACGUCUGUCCUUCCCGUUAAACGACUUUCCGAGUAUCAAGGAUUUUGUGAAGCGGUGCAUGCAAAACUGGGAGAACUCUAGCUCGGGAAGGGGACGACUGCAUGCGCGGCCUGGGCGCCAGCUUCACGGAGAGGCGUUCGCUGCGAUCGCGGACGAACUCCGGUCGUGCUCUUCGUUUGUCGAAGAUCAUGAGGCCGUGGACGAAGUAGACCAGGAUCAUGCAAGAAUUAAAAACCGGAUGGAGCAUUAUGCAGUAGAUGAAAAUGCUCAUUUGUGGCGGGAACGGGACAGCGGCGUAUCAAGUCAAGCGGGCGAGACAACGGCGUAUUCCGACUGUCGCAGUGCCGUCACACACGAGACGGCGUCUUCUCUGGCGAUCAACGAAGAAUCGCGGGUUCGCUUGGAAAAGAUUCGUUUGUUGAUGGACAGCAUUCCGAAAGUCCGCCGAAUGUCCAAGACGUGGCUGUAUUGGCGUCUGAUCCAGCAGUACGAUGCGCACUACAAAGAUUGGAAGGCGCGCUUACCACCUCCCCUCGACGACCUGCGGGUGGCGAACGAAAAAAACGAUUUCCAAUUUUGGGACGACUUCCUGGGCCUGCUUCAUUUUUCACACAAUCAAAUGAAGCACUUAGGGGACGAGAUCCGACACCGGCCCUCGGAAGUGGAGCGCGCCGCGGAGACGUACUUGGCAGAACAGGUGGCGCACCGCGAAGUUGCAGAGCUCGAAAUGCGCUCGAAGGGGUACACCGCCGCGCUGAUGCAAGUUCUGCUCGACAAAUUCCCGGCGCUGCCCCACCACGUCGCGGCCGUGCGAUCGGAAGCGCACCAGUGGACAAAGGCCGGGCCCGAGGCCACUGAACUUCUUGCGCUAGGCGACAAAAGGGAUUAUACCGAGGGUCGUGGCGCGCUGGGCCACGCGGUCGUUGAAAGUUUUGCGUGGGCUAUUACGUCUAGUAGUGCCGACGGGGGGAAGAAGAUGUUGCCGCCUUCUGAACAAGAACGACAAGGAGUGCGCCAAAUACUGAGCAAAGCGAGAGAACUAGUGGCGGAGGUUCCUGUUCACAACUUCACGCAGUGGAGAGGCCUGGACGGGAAGGAUGCGUUGGAACGGGCCGAGGAGUUUAUUGAGGCACAGCUAUCGGCCGCAGAGGCCGUGUCGUCGACCUGGCCGUCGUCUGAAUGGAUGGCGUGUGUGUAUGAGCCGCUGGCGGAUUCCGUUCCGUCGACGGUACUGCGACCCCCUGGACCCUUGCACCGGGCGGUGGCGGCCUGCGAUUUGGAGGGCGUCCGAAAGCUGCUUCAGGCAGGCGUUCUGGACAAGUGGCAAGCUAAGGGAACAGAACAAACCGCGGGAGAGCUCGCUAUGGCCAACUGGCUGCAUAGCAAUACAGAGCACGCCGAAGGGGCAGUCAUGUAUGAAAUCUCGCGUGCGCUAAACGGCCCCGGUAAAAAUUUCUCUAGCGACGAAGAAGAGUUCUACGAUGUCGCUUCCCCUUCACCUUCACAUUUUGUGGACCCGUUGUCGAGCGGAGGCGUAUUUGUGCUUUCAGCCACAACCAGCGAUGAUGCUGAAAAGACUGUAAAUCCGUCUCUACUCUAGAUGAUCAUGAUGUUGAACCGUAAUAAAAACGAACAUGCCAGCGCCAGCCUGGUGCUGAGAAAGAAUUCCUUCGCCUUUUCUAGAAUCUCUUCGCCGGUCCAGUGGACACGGUUGAUUCUGCCGAAAAAACCUUAGCCUUUCGAGCCCACGUCAUUCUACAACCGUGGAGAGUUGUGAUUCUUGACAUGGAGACACGAGAUACUUUAGUAGUUUUGCGGCAAGAUCUGCACACCAGGCGCGAAGCCCAAGGAG